UCCUGUGAGGGGAGGAUUUUCUUUCUUCUUUUUUUGGACUCUUCCGCUGCCCUCCUGCCCCGCCGUUGUGGGAUGUGAGCCGCGCCUGGCGCUCUUCCUCGGCGGCUCCUUGUCUCCGCCGGGCCUGCCGCGGCCUAGCCCGGCCCCUCCCCGGUGGAGCCUGCCCCUCCCCCACCCCGCGCCCCCCCUCGCCCCCCGCCCGGGCCGCCGCGAUGGCGCUGAAGAUGGUGAAGGGCAGCAUCGACCGCAUGUUCGACAAGAACCUGCAGGACCUGGUGCGGGGCAUCCGCAAUCACAAAGAGGACGAGGCAAAGUACAUCUCUCAGUGCAUUGAUGAGAUCAAGCAGGAGCUGAAGCAGGAUAACAUUGCAGUGAAAGCAAAUGCCGUUUGCAAGCUUACCUAUCUGCAGAUGUUGGGUUAUGACAUCAGCUGGGCUGCCUUCAAUAUUAUCGAAGUCAUGAGCGCAUCAAAGUUUACCUUUAAAAGAAUUGGAUACUUGGCUGCCUCUCAGUGCUUUCACGAAGGGACGGAUGUCAUCAUGCUGACUACCAACCAGAUCCGAAAGGAUCUCAGUAGUCCUAAUCAGUACGAUACUGGAGUUGCCCUGACUGGUCUAUCCUGUUUUGUGACUCCAGAUUUGGCUCGAGACUUGGCAAAUGAUAUCAUGACCUUGAUGUCACACACCAAGCCUUACAUCAGGAAGAAGGCAGUGUUAAUCAUGUACAAAGUGUUCUUAAAAUACCCCGAAUCCCUUCGGCCUGCAUUUCCUCGUCUUAAGGAGAAACUGGAAGACCCAGAUCCUGGGGUCCAGUCGGCUGCUGUGAACGUUAUAUGUGAACUUGCCAGGCGUAACCCGAAGAACUAUCUCUCCCUUGCACCGCUGUUUUUUAAACUGAUGACAUCAUCCACCAACAACUGGGUCCUCAUUAAAAUAAUAAAACUGUUUGGUGCUCUCACUCCAUUGGAACCCAGGCUGGGGAAGAAACUGAUAGAGCCCCUGACCAACCUCAUACAUAGCACAUCAGCCAUGUCGCUCCUCUAUGAGUGUGUGAACACGGUGAUAGCAGUCUUGAUCUCUCUCUCUUCGGGGAUGCCCAACCACAGUGCCAGCAUCCAGCUCUGUGUGCAGAAGUUGAGGAUUCUCAUAGAAGAUUCAGACCAGAAUUUGAAGUAUUUGGGACUGCUGGCAAUGUCCAAAAUCCUGAAAACUCACCCCAAAUCCGUCCAGUCUCAUAAGGAUCUUAUUCUCCAAUGCUUGGAUGACAAGGAUGAAUCCAUCCGCCUCCGCGCCUUAGACCUUCUCUAUGGAAUGGUGUCAAAGAAGAACCUGAUGGAGAUAGUGAAGAAGCUGAUGAUCCAUGUGGACAAAGCUGAAGGGACCACCUACAGGGAUGAGCUGUUGACCAAAAUCAUUGAUAUAUGCAGCCAGUCCAAUUACCAGUACAUCACAAACUUCGAAUGGUACAUCAGCAUCCUGGUGGAGCUGACGCGUCUGGAGGGCACUCGCCAUGGACACCUCAUUGCAUCCCAGAUGCUGGAUGUGGCCAUCCGCGUGAAGGCCAUCCGCAAGUUUGCCGUGUCACAGAUGGCGAUGCUUCUGGACAACGCCCACCUGCUGGCCAGCAACACCCAGCGGAAUGGGAUCUGCGAGGUGCUGUAUGCCGCUGCCUGGAUAUGUGGGGAAUUCUCUGAGCACCUCGAGGAGCCGCACCAGACCCUGGAAGCAAUGCUGCGGCCAAAAGUGACCACUCUCCCAGGCCAUAUCCAAGCAGUUUAUGUCCAAAACAUGGUGAAGCUUUACGCCUCGAUCCUGCAUCAGAAGGAGCAAGCCAGCGAGAAGGAGGCGGCUCAGGAGGCCACCCAGAUGAUGAUCGAGCGUUUGCCUCAGUUUGUGCAGAGCGCUGAUCUUGAAGUCCAGGAGCGGGCGUCCUGCAUCUUGCAGCUAAUGAAAUAUAUUCAUAAACUUCAGUUAAAAGAGGUGCCAGUGGCUGAGGAAGUGAUUGCCUUGUUUGCUGGGGAGCUCAACCCUGUGGCCCCCAAAGCACAGAAGAAAGUUCCAGUCCCAGAAGGUUUGGACCUUGACGCCUGGAUUAACGAGGCUCCUUCAGACAGUGAAUCAGAGGAUGAGAAGCCCAGGACGAUCUUCCAUGACGAAGAGCAGAGGCACUCAAGGCACCGGCAGCCUGAGAUUGAUGAGGAGGAGCUAGCCAGGCGCCGAGAAGUCCGGAAGCAGGAGCAAGCAAACAACCCAUUUUACAUUAAGAGUUCUCCUUCCCCACAGAAACGGUACCAAGAUGCCCCUGGUGUUGAACACAUACCUGUGGUUCAGAUUGACCUCUCUGUUCCCCUAAAAGUUCCUGGCAUGCCAGUGUCUGACCAGUAUGUGAAGCUGGAGGAGGAGCGUCGGCACCAGCAGAAGCUGGAAAAGGACAAGAAGAAGAAGAAGCAGAAGAAAGAGAAGCGGGGCAAGCACCGGCGUCACAACUCUCUCCACACGGAGAGCGAUGAGGACAUUGCACCUGCCCACCACGUGGACAUCAUCACAGAGGAGAUGCCAGAGAAUGCUCUGCCCAGUGACGAGGAUGAUAAAGACCCCAACGAUCCUUACAAAGCACUGGAUAUAGACCUAGACAAGCCUUUAGCCGAUAGCGAGAAGCUUCCUGUUCAGAGGCACAGGAACACUGAUGGCCUGAAAUCUCCCCAAGAUGCAGAAGUUCCCCCCGUAGAGAAGAAGAGCAAGAAACCAAAAAAGAAGGAAAAAAAGCACCGAGAGAAAGAGAGGGAGAAAGAGAAAAGGAAAGAGCGUGUGAAGAAAAUGGAGGAGGAAGAUAAAAAGCCUGAUGACAUGGACUUCUGGCUUUCGGAUGCUCCUUCCCCUGCAGCAGCCACAGAGGCAGAGAGCAAGGCAGAGGUGAAUGUGGAGUCAGCAGAACCCGGAGAACUUGAAGAAGCCCAGAAGGAGGGACAAGAGGAAGAGGCAGAGGAGGAAGGUGAAGGAAAGAAAUCCUCCAAGCACAAGAAGAAGAAGCAUAAGAAGGAGGAGAAGUCCAAGGAUAAAAAGAAGUCCAAGAAACACCAUGGAGAGGAGCCACCGCCAAUGGAGUCUGUGCAGAAUGGAACCCUGGAGGAUGAGCCUCUACCGCCCAUGUCAAGUUACUCUCUCCUUGCUGAAAAUGCAUACAUUACCAUGACCUACGAUAUCCAAGGGAACCUCCAGAACGACAGCCAGGUCACUGUCUCCGUGAUCUUUGAGAACAAGAGCAACAGCUUUCUCAAGAGCAUGGAGCUCAAUGUGUUGGACUCCCUUAACACGAAGAUGCUUCGGCCAGAAGGCGCCUCGAUACAUGACGGCAUCCCCGUUCCUUUCCAGUUGCCUCCUGGAGUCUCAAAUGAAGCUCAGUUUAUCUUCACCCUUCAGAGUAUUAUCAUGGCACAGAAGCUAAAAGGAACUCUGUCUUUCAUAGUGAAAGAUGAUGAAGGUUCAACGCACGAAAAACUAGAUUUCAAGUUGCACUUCAGUUGUGCCUCUUACUUGAUUACGACACCGUGUUACAGCGAUGCUUUUGCAAAGCUGCUGGAGUCAGGGGACUUGCACGGCAGCUCAAUUAAAGUGGACGGCAUCACAGACCCUUUCCAUCAUGUACUGGCAAAAAUAUGCUUCCACCAUCACUUCUCAGUUGUGGAGCGAGUUGAGGCCUGUGCAUCCAUGUACAGCCGUUCAAUUCAGGGCCAUCAUGUCUGCCUGCUAGUGAAAAAGGGAGAGAACUCUGUAUCUGUCGAUGGGAAAUGUGAUGAAUCCACCUUGCUGAGCAACCUUCUGUCUGAACUCAAGGAGACCCUUUCAAAGUGCUGAGUCCUCUUGGGAACUGGUGCAACCCCCCCCAUCCCACCCCCUCCACAACGAGAUCAGCUCACGGACUGACCCCUGGCCGAGCAUUCGGUUUCUCCAUCUCCAUCUCUCCUUUUGUGCGCAUGUACGAUGCCCGGGGCACUUGUGUUUCAGUUCCACUCCACCCUGGGUUGUGUUUUGUUUUUUUUGUUUUGUUUUUGUUUGUUUUGUUGCUGUUUACAUGUCCUAGAACUGUAUCCCCCCCCCCCCGUUUCCUCCUAUUUCAAACUCUUAGACCACUUGUGGUGUUAGCCCUUUCUAGAAGAUCAGUGAGAUCUCUGCCAUUGUUGCCUCCCUGGCAUGGGCGAGCCAGUCAUGCAAGGAGUCGUGGGGUCCGGGCUGGAGCCACACCUACCUCAGCAGUGGCAUCGUGGUAAAAACACUGGCCACAGCCUCUGUUGCCUUCUGCUGUGGUGGGUGCACACCUGAUUGAAUCCAUUACCGUUCCUGGGAAGAGAAAUUAGGAGGAUUGACUGGAAUUCAUCUCCAUGGCACCCAACUGGGUCUCCCCCCCCCCGCCCCCAGAGGAAGCAUCUGUAACUGCACACCCCGGGAUGGAUCAGACUCUUCCUCUCCACCCCUGCUUCCUGCAGCGGGUCUCUGCUGGUGCGCUUUGUGAUGUCCACUUGAAAUAAUCACAUUCCUGAAAAAAAAUGUAGAAUGUAGCAAAGAGAACUGGAGAUCCAAAGGCUUCUUUGUUUUCCUUUGGGGUUCUGUUUUCCCUUUCUUCUAUCACUUCACCCGGCUCGCUGCGUGAAAUCAACCACUACUGAGCAGAGACUGUCCAGCUCCAAACCGAGUUGCCUCCUCCUUAGUGACGUGUUCUUCUGGCCCAACAUUUAAAACGUCAAGAGCGUGAAUCAGUGCUGGUCCCGUCCUACGUCUGUCAGUGUUGCUGUGCCUCAGUGCUCCAAACCCAAGAGGGGUUAGAUGUUGAAAAACGAUGGAACGGCAUCAGAUACAAACAGGUGGACCCACAUCUGGGGACAACUUGACAACUCUACCUUUGGCUGGAAACUUUAUUCCCCCCCGCCCCCACCCUUCUUCUACAAACCUGUUUUUGUCCCAAUCUUGGGACUUGUGGACGGUUAUUUAUUUGAAAGCCUGGGUAGAGAGCAUCUCUUAAUGAAGUACAGCCCCAGUACAUCAGCACUUACGUUUGAGUCUAUCCCUAAGAGUCAGUAAUGCAUAGGAGGGCCCCUUCUGGUUUAAAAUCCUCGGUAUGGGAAGGGGGAUGGGGAAAAGGGAAACGCUGGGAGCAUUAGUUUCGUCAUCUGACUUGGCUUGUGCUUUUGCUUCAAGACACCUGGUGCCUCAAUACACUUCUCCAAGGCUAGGGGUAUUUUUUUUUCUUUAAAAAAGAAUCAACUGUGGUGUGUCUGCUAGGAUCAGCUCUGUUUCUACACUCUGAUGGAACUUGAUUUAUCACGAGAAUCGGGGCCUCUCCCCCUUAGUGCAGCAAAUGAUGCUGCUUUUGGCCUCAUGGACGAGCCAGUUGCAUUUCAAGGGAGGGGGCGACUCGUACUUACUCAAAAUCGUCAAAAACAAAUGCUCCUUGGAAUUAGUGGAUUUAAAAAAUAUGUAUACAUAAAUAUAUAUAUAUAUAUAUAUAUAUAUAUAUUCCUGGAUGAAAACUGUCACUUUAGCAUGUUGAGUCUGUUCUCUUACAGAACCCUGUGCGGUGAUUCUAGAAACUUUUUUGAGAACUCUAUGAAGUGUUAUAUUUAAAAAGAGGGAAAAAAAUCCUUUAUUUGCUAUCAACAUUCCCCUAAAAGAGAGAAGGAAAUAAAACACACACAUACCACAAAGCUGCUGUACCAAUUUUUGUGUCAAGAUGAUCCAAUAAAAUUUCA